AUGGGUCAAUUCUAUUCAAGCCAAACAAGGAACAAUGUCGACGAGACAAAGUCCCCUAAGUGGGUUCCAGUUCUUGAUCAGCCAGUCCAUACUCCUCGCAAGAUCCGGGUUGUAUGCGUCGGAGCCGGAGUUUCUGGCCUCAUUCUUGCACACAAGUAUAAAUAUGAACUGAAGAUGGACGAGUAUGUUGAUUUCACGAUAUACGAGAAGAAUCAAGAUGUUGGAGGUACUUGGUUUGAGAAUCGAUACCCCGGUGUCGCGUGCGAUGUUCCCGCCCAUAUAUAUGUGUUUCCGUUUGAACCCAACCCAGAUUAUAGCUCAUUCUAUGCUGCCGGUCCAGAGAUUUGGGAGUACAUCAAACGCACCACGACCAAGUAUCACCUUGACGAACACGUGCAGUUCAAUUCUAAAGUCAUAUCCACGGUAUGGGAUGAGGGUGCAGGCAGCUGGAAGAUCAAGGUUCAGCGCCAGGAUGGCACAAUCAUUGAAGAUAGUGCAGACGUCCUGGUAAACGCUUCAGGCAUCCUGAACAAAUGGCGUUGGCCGGAUAUUAAGGGUCUUCAUUCCUUUCGGGGAAAGCUCCUUCAUAGUGCUUCCUGGGAUUCUUCCCUCGACUGGACUGGAAAACGAGUUGCUAUUAUCGGGAACGGAUCAUCGGCCAUUCAAAUCUUGCCAAAGAUGCAGUCUGACGCCAGUAGUAUCGUCACAUAUAUCCGCAGCCCAACUUGGAUCACGGCAAACUAUGCUUCCCAAUUUGCGGGGGAAGAUGGAAAAAACUUCUUUUAUACAGAAGAGCAAAAGAAGAAACUACGCGAAAACCCCGAGGAGCUUUAUGAACUACGACAUAAGAUCGAAACUGCGCUCAACCAGUUCUUCUGGGCUAUGAUUCAAGAUUCUCCACAGCAGGCUGCCUGUCUUGAUGCCUUCCAGAGGCAGAUGAAGGAAAGAAUCGGUGACGACCAAGAGCUACAGGAGAAACUAAUUCCGAAGUGGGCAGUAGGCUGUCGCCGUGUGACGCCGGGAGAUGGCUAUCUAGAGGCACUACGGGAACCUAAUGUGACCAUCGACAGCAGUGGAAUACAGGAAAUAACGCCUACUGGUAUAAUAUCAAAUUCAAGACAAGAUGACUUUGAUAUUAUCGUUUGUGCCACUGGAUUCGACGUGAGCUUCUCUCCAUUCUGGGAGGUCAUCGGGAAAAACGGAAUCAGCCUAGCCGAACAAUGGAAGGAGGACCCAGAAGCAUAUUUCGGCAUCUGCGCUCCUAAUAUGCCCAAUUAUUUCAUCUUCCAUGGACCAAACUGCCCUAUCGGUCACGGAAGCCUAAUGUCGGUUAUGGACUUUACUGCAGCAUGGAUCCUAAGGUGGUGUCAAAAGAUUGCCACCGAAGGAAUCAAAUCUAUUCAGGUGCGUGCAGAUGCCACCGAGGAAUACAACAUCUAUACCCAGGAGUUCAUGAAACGUACGGUGUGGACCGGUGGUUGCCGUUCUUGGUAUAAGAAUAAUCAAAUAGACGGAAAGGUCACAGCCAUGUAUGCGGGGAGCAUUCUGCACUACAAGGAGAUAUUGGAGAGCUUCCGGACGGAGGACUUCAUCUUUGAAUACCGAAGCCGGAAUCGUUUCCAGUUCAUGGGGAACGGCUUGACAGUAAGAGAAACCACCGGAGGAGAUAUGGCAUAUUAUUUGCAGAAAUGA